AUGGACAUCUUUGCGGAACCAGACGACCCUAUCCAGUCUACCCAGGAGCAAACGCCAUAUCUCUGCAUCGAGCACUGGGAUGGGGGCAUGUUUCGCACAUACAGCCAUAGGAAGCACAAAACGAGCAUCAUACCAGCGCUGCUGCGGGUGAUUCCGGACAUGCCCACGGCAGACCAGCCGUACCUGGAGAACCUGUACCCAACCCCGAAGGAGGAGCUCCAGCCGUUUAUACAGACAUGGCUGUACUUUGGGAUGCUCGCCGAACUGCUGGGCCUGAACGAGAUCGCGCCCGAUGUACGCCUAGUCGAGGAAUCUGCCGCCAAAGAGGAAAUCUCAAAGCUGCACAAGCAACUGACCCGCGAGGAGAACGGGCGAACCGUUCUCACCGCCACCGAGAUCCUGACCUGGGGUCCGCUCUUCCUCGAACGAGUGCAGAUGGCGGAGAAUCAGUUCGAGAGGCUCGUUUACAUACUCCAGUGCCUGCACUACGCCAUGGUCAUGCUGCAAUCUACCCAGGAGAACAUCGACCACGCCGUUCGCUACUCCAUCGCCGCGCUGGGCGAGCUCUUCACCACGGGCAUCUACGCCGCCGCCUCGUCGGCCCAGCCGAGAGUCGUGUUUCCGCGUGAGCUUUCGGGAAUCUCCUGGUACAAAGACUACAUUUGUCCCGGGGGCGUGGUCGAGAAGAAGAUGCUGAGCAACGGCUGGUGCCCCAGCGAGAUUGAAAAGAUCCGGUCGCAGCUGCAGGGAUUGUACACGAUGCACUACACGAGCCAGCUGAAGAAACCGACGCCCUGGUUGGACCAUUCGAGCUGUGGCAAGACUUUUUGCGACGCGUUUCGCAUUGACGUGAGCACAUAUAAGCCCGUCCAUGUACACGACGGUUGUGGGUGCGAGUUCAUCGAGGCGGAUCCCGCAAAGAUGGUGGGCAUCUUGAGGAAUACGGAUGGUUUUCCGCUAGUACGGGUUGAAGGGGACUUGGACGAUUUGAAGAUUGCGGUUGAGGAGUUUGAGGACGGAGUUUCGUAUGUGGCAUUGUCGCAUGUUUGGGCGAAUGGCCUCGGAAAUCCGACUAGCAAUUCACUGCCAAGGUGCCAGAUUGCACGGAUUAGCAAGUUUAUAGACGAUCUGCCCAAGGCUCCGGGCAGCGCAGAGCCUCCGCGGCUUUGGCUCGACACGUUGUGCUGCCCAGUCGAAGCGGAGAGCAAAAUGAUCUGCCUCGAGCGCAUCGCUGAUGUGUACAGGAGGGCGCACCAUGUUUUGGUGUUGGAUACGACUCUGACCGCAUUCAAGUACGAAGGAACCAGCCCUGCCGAGUUGCUAGUCCGGGCGUUUGGCUGUUCGCCCUGGAUGAGGAGGCUAUGGACACUGCAAGAGGGCGCGCUUGCGAGGACUCUCCAGAUCCAGUAUGCAGACAAGGCCGGGAACAAUAUCACCAUGCUGACGGACUUGUGGAUGCUUGGCAGCCAAGAUUCGCGAUACAUGCGGAUAUUCCAGGACGUGCUCAACGAGUUUAACCAACUCCUCGGCUUCAGUCCCAAGACGGGCCCCGAAAACGCCAACCUCCCAUGGCAGCAGCCGCAAAUCACCACUCUCCAACGAACCCUCAACUUCCGCACCGUCUCCGUCCCUGCCGACGAAGCGCUAUGCAUCUCAACCCUCAUGAAACUAGACACAAGGUACAUUGCCGCCGGAAGAGAUGCCAGUGAUCGCAUGAAACGCAUGUGGGAAAAGCUAUCCGAAGCAAACGGCGGCAUAUCGGCCCGACUGCUCUUCUACCUGGACGAACAGCUCGACAUAGACGGCUGGCGAUGGGCGCCGAGAUCCCUCCUCGCGUCCGCUGUACACGACCCCGUCCUCAGCACGGACGAGCGUGUCAUGCGCUUCCACACAGAGAAGCCGGCCAAUGCCUCGGACAAUGUCGCUCUAGGAACCCCGACGCCGAUAGGGCUCAAGGUACGACUUCCAGGCUAUAGAGUUGUGCCGGUGCCGCUUCUGCCGAAUUUUCCACUACACGCCUGGCCGGAAGUCAUCCACUCCGUGGAGGACAGUGUCAUUGCGCAGAGUGAACGGACAGGGCGGUGGUUCCGCAUCAUCGACUGGUACCGCAGCAGGAAGAUAGCCGUGUGGACGCGCGAGCAGCGCCGCGAGCACGACAGGCGCGAGGACAAUCCUCUCUGCAGGGCGAUCCACACGGGAAAGUGCUGCCUCAUCAUGGACAAGAAGAUUACUCUGGCUGACGGCACCACGGCCAGUUGUCUGGUGCAGGCUGACGAGCUACACGCGCGGGAAGUGCAAGAGGCGGGACACACAGCCGCGGAGAAGCACGUCGCGCUGAAGGCCGUUCGGGAAAGGGCCGUUAUUUUGUCCGCGGUAGACGAGAGGGAGGGCAAGAUGCUGUCCAAGAUUAAAGGUCUGGCGAUUUCCCUGGCCGAGGACCCUGUGACAGAGGCGUUUUUGCAGGUGCAGAAGAGCUACGCGCCGGGGCAGGAGGAGUGGGAGGCGGCGGAGCUUGCGGUCCGGAGAAGGAUGAAGAAAGUUGUGGAGGAGGCUUGGUACGCGGACGAGGAGUUUCGGCAGACGAUGAGGGAGUCUACGGGUGAUGAUCUGGACGACUAUGUGUGGGUGUUUGUGCCCAAGCUGUUUUCGCACGCUAUUUGGUUGAGGGAGCUGCCCGAGGGGCAGUUGUGGUUUGUGGAUUAG